CUUAAUGGUUAAUGCAAUAUAUGUAGGGAGCAACAGGAUUAUCUGAAAUAAUAUCUAUUUUACAUAAUAGUAUUUGAAUGUUCGAGUUUCAAAUUUCAGCGCCUGACUAUGUCUCGAUAUUCGUGCGAUACUGCGCGAUCAAUCGAUUACUUGGGAAGGCACAUAACCUCACAAAUCAGACAUAAUAACAAUAAUAAUAAAAGCGACGCGGCGAAUUUUUGUUAUCAAAUAGUACGUAUUCGUGGACUCCGAUUGUUUGGGCUUUGGCAUGGAAUGUUAGUACGUCAAUCGCAAUCGUAAACUAUUGGUUUAAAACAUGGGAGACAUCCGGGCUGGUCUCGAGGAACUUAAAUUGGACAUCGCGCUUUUCGCCAAUGUUAAAUACUACGUCAGUGGUGAAGGAGAUCCCAAGAUCUUCUGUUGCAGAUCCUAAGCUUAUUGCAAGAAGGUGGUGCGGAGAGAUCCAACUAUUUUUCUGAUUUUGUGACUCAUUUAAUUGCUGGGCAUGAAGCAUUGGAAAAUGAUAUUUCAGCAGCAAAAGACUUGUAUGAAAUACCAGCUGUUACACAGGACUGGAUCUUAUAUUCCGUCAAGUGCAGAAAACUUCUUCCAACACAGUAUUUCUCACCAGAGGAGAACCAAUUAUUUACAAAUGUACGUGCAUGUAUAUCCCAAGUAAAUCGUGCGGACAGCAAAGCAUUAUGGGCAAUGAUUAGCAUGCAAGGAGGCAAGUGCCAGCUGCGGCUGGACCGUUACUGCACACAUUUGAUAACUGGUAAAGCUAAUGGUGCAAAAUAUGAAGCUGCCACCAGACAUCAUAUACAGAUAGUAACACCUGACUGGGUGUCAGAGUGCUGCAGAAAAGGCACGCUUAUUAGUGAGGUUGAGUAUCAUCCUCGAUUGUUAGUGUAUCCAUCACCAAAUAGUUCUACUGCAUUGAUCACUGGAUUUAUGGAUGAAGAUGGUGAUAAUAAUGCUGCUCAAGAAGAACAAGAAAGGACCAAAGCAAUGCUUGAGCAGCUUAAACAGAGAAUGCCAUGGAAUCAACCCAUUUCAACAGCUACGACAACACAGAGUCAUAAUGUUAAUGCUCUUUCCACCAAUGUUGUUCCACCAUCUAGUGCACACAACAUUUCUAACGUGCAACAACAAUUUCCACGAUCAGUUGUACCAACGAGCUUGCCUGGUCAUGCUCCAACCGCUUUACCGUCGUCUCCAGGGCAAAACCUGAUGAAUCAGGGUACUUGGCAUCACCAAACUUCCCAAGCAAACAAUAUCCCACAAAUGAAGCAGGCAAUGCAAUCGCAACUGCAGCAAAAGGAAUUACCAUCCCAGCAAAUGAAUUUGCAGCAACAACAGCAUUUGAUGCAUCAACAACAGCAACAAUUAAAUCAGCAGCAAAAUAUGGCACAGCAACAGUUAUUAAAUCAGCAACAAGCUCAACAAAUUUCACCACAGCAGCAACCGGUAAAUCAGCAACAACAGCCGGUUGGGCAACAAGCUUUAAUUUCACAACAGCAGCAGCAGUCGCAACAAAUGAAUCCGCAAAUACAGCAGCAUCAAAUGGGAAAUCAACAACAAUUACUGACACCCCAACAAAAACAACAGCAGCUGAAUCAACAUCAGUUAAUGACACAGCAACAACAGCAGCAGCAGCAACUUCCUCCACAACAGCAAAUGGGUCCACAACCGUCACAUAUGGGACCACAACAGCAGCAGCAACAACAGUUACCUCCACAACAACAGCAACAACAACAGUUACCUCCACAACAACAACAGUUACCUCCACAACAGCAACUACAAUUGACUCCGCAACAACAGUUAGUUCUUCAACAGCAACAGCAACUUGGUCCGCAGCAUCAGUUGGGACAACAGCAACAACAAACGUCGCCACAACAACAACAACCGCAGCAGCAACAACUUACGCAAGAACAACGGCAGCAACUUCUUCUUCUUCAGCAACAACAGCAACAGCAAAAAAUUCAGCAGAUUUCCCAACAACUUCAGCAAUCUGUGCCUCAAGGCUCUCAACAAUUUGUUAUUCGGGAUGGUCAACUCCAACAGCAAUCUCCGAAUCAACAGUUACUCGCGCAAAAUCAACAAGGGUUUAUCGUCCAGCGAGAUUCACAAUGGCAACAACAACAACAACAAUAUCAUUUACAACUGCAGCGACAGCAGCAGCAACAGCAAAUUGGCCAAACAAGACCUGGCGGCCAAUGGGCCCAGCAACCACCACAACCGCCCAGACAGUUAAUUCAAUUAGAUGCCCAAACCCAUCAACAGCUGCAGCAAAUGGAUCCACAGCAACGAGCACAAUUUAUUCAAAAGAUACAAAAACAAAGAAAUCUAAUGUUGCAACGUCAGAUGCAAAAUCGUCAAGCUCAACAAGGACCUCAUAUCGCUGUGAUUAGAAGUCCUGGAAAACCCGGUCAACCAGGUGGACUCCAGUGGGUUCAGCAAACAAGGCCCCAAAUGAUGGGUCCUCAGGUAGCCCCAACUCCUGGACAAAAACCCAUGCAUCCUGGCGUACAGCCACCAGCUCUCACUCCUAUAAAUUCUUCCAAUCAAGUGAUCGUUCAGACGGGUCAGGCAGUACCAGGACCACAAACUUCUCAGCCGGGACAGGCCUUUCAACAGGGACAACCUUUGACACAACAACAGCUUGCUCAGUUACAUAUGCAAAAGCAACAGCAAAUGGCACGAUUACAGCAAUUACAGCAUUUACAGCAGCAACAACAACAGCAACAGCAGCAGCAACAACAACAACAACAACAGGGUGCAUCUUCAGAACCACCCUUAACACCAUUAUCCGGUAAUUCCCAAAUCCCUCCAGAUCAGCAACUAGUUGUUAAUGCAAAGACCAAGACGGCACUUGCGAAUAUGUUAACCAAUCGCCUGCAAGGUGGCACAGCUGAAGGUAGUGCUGCUGGACAAUUGAGAUUGAUGACAGCUCAACACAGACCACCACCACCGCCUUCACAGGACCCGCAUCUCCUCGCUGCGUAUCAACGACGAACCUUGAAUAACAUAACAAAUGGCGCACCUCAAGGAGCUCCAAUAAAAAUGCAAUAUCCACCAACAAUGCCACAGCCCAGAGCUCAAUUUUAUGGACACAACCCUAACUUGAAACUGCCACCGGAUCUCUUUUUAUUGGGCUGUAUUUUUGUAAUUGUCGAAUAUGACGUACAGGAUGCCGAAGAGGUAGUCGUCUGGAAACAAGUUAUCGAAAGACACGGAGGGGAAGUAGAACCACAAUAUUGUGCCAGAGUAACGCAUGUUCUGGCAGUAACGCAAAAGCAUUCCAUAGUAGUGCAGGCAUUGCGUGAGGGUAAACGUUGCGUGAGUGCUCAUUGGCUUUCUGAUGUUGUGAGUAAACAACAAGUUGUACCACCCUGGCAUGCACUUCAUUUUCCAACGCCUUUUGGUUUGAACGAGUUGCCUUGCUCGAAGCAAAUUAUAUCACUGUCUGGCUUUGACGGGGAGGAAAGAUUAAAAGUCAAAUUUAUGCUCGAGGCUCUGGGAGCUAAACUUACAAAUUACUUUUCUCGACAUAAUACACUACUUGUGUGUAGACGACCGGACGGACAGAAGUAUAAAAAGGCAAGAGAGUGGCAAACGGGUGUUGUUAAUGCACAAUGGUUAACGGAUUUACUUUGUGGACAAAUGACUGCAUUGCAUCAACCAGAGGCACCAAAGUAUCAACAGUUUAGUCUGGGAAAUCCAUUCAGACUCGAUUAUUCUCUAGUGCCUCAUCUUAUGGCGGCGUGGAAGAUGCCAAUAAACAUAACACAAGAAUCAUAUGAUAAAGUUAAACAAGUGGGUCAAGGACCGAAUGCAAUGAGAAAAUAUAAAAAGCCUAGAUUGGAUCCACCAUUGUUGAACAAGGAUCUGCAUCUUUUGGGAUUGGAAGAAUCUAUAGUUGUUAGCAAUCCAGAUCCUCCUCCGCUAGAUAAGCAGCCUAGAAUACUUUUUUCCGGAAUUAAUCCUAGAAAGCAUGCCAAGAGGAUCAGAGAACUCGGAGGUGCUUUGGCCGCCAGUUGGCGUGACGCUACACAUCUCGUUAUGUCUGCGCCAGUUCGAACAGUCAAACUGUUAUGUUGUCUGUCGCGUUGUAAAUAUAUUGUGACACUACAAUGGCUGCUUGAUUGUUCCACCAGGAACACAUUCCUCGAUGAGGCAUCGUAUAUGUUGGGUGAUCCAGAAUUCGAGAAGAAUUUCAAUUGCAAUAUCGAAAAGGCAUUGGCGAGUCCUAAUCGUGGGACAGUACUUAAGGGCAGAACAUUCUACGUGACACCAAGUGUUAUUCCAUCUCCUUCUGCCAUUGCUGAUAUAAUUGAAAGUGCAGGUGGAAUAAUGGAAAAGACACGGAGAUCAUUGACUCAAAUUCAGGAAAUGAACAGUACCAAACUCAACUACGUCAUUGUCACGCAUGAAAAGGAUCUGCACCUGCUUGCUGAUGUUUUGCGUGCUAAAAUAAGUGUGUUCAGUGCUGAAAUUGUACUUGGUGCUGUAGCACGACAAUGUUUUCAACCUGACAUGAGUCAAAUAUGAUUGCGUUAAACGCAAUCACUUUUACUCGCUUACAACCAUCUAACAAACUUACAGAAACUUCGGUGAGUUAUUUUACGGAUUAGAACAUUUUUACCUACCUUUCUUCAACGGGACAAUAAAGAACAUAAUUUUAUGGUA